AUGGUGAUUCUGCACGUCGAUGGACGGAAGCCCGAAGAAGUCAAGGUACAAGACUUGCGCCGCAGCGAUCACUAUCCGCUGCCCCAUUUGCGCCUGCAGCUGCACUGGGGUUCUUUGGCAGCCAGUUGUAGCACGGCGCAGGGUGCCUUGCUGAGUGUGGAAGAUAAGGAAGAACGAAGAGGUCAGAACAACUCCAAGCCCAACUCAACACAUGUGGAGGUGUUGCCAGGGCUCGGGGCUCCGUUUUUCAACAGGGAGAAGGAGGCUAUGCCGAACGAGGAAAGUUCCAGGAAAGCACAUCCAAAAUACUCAGUGAACUCGUGCGGGCUGCGGGGAGUGUACUUCAAGCAGGUGAAGAUCAGUAAGGCUGGCAUCUCCAUCAUCGAAGAGUUACCACCGCCAGGUGAACGCCGGCCACGGGAGUUGUUGUUCUGCAACUUGGAGCUGGUUCGUUUGGAUUGGAAGAAGGACUACCAGGCAGCGUGCUGCCCAGCGUUGCCCGUUACGGUGGAUGUGAUGGAUCAACAAUUAAAACUGGCCAUCUCGGGGGCUCAGGUGGACUGCCAACUUCCGGGGCGCAGUGACGCACGGAGCGAUCGCAAGAGCGACCACACCCUGGGAGGCGUCACCGGACAGGAGCUUCCAGCCGUGAUCUUGGCGAACCGCGGCCAGGGCGACCGCGCCUUCCUCUCCUUGCAGAUCAAGCGCUGCGUGUCCACCUCGGGCGAUUACUUGUUACCCUUUGUGAACAUGGCCAUGGAUUCCGUGGAUCUGACCUUGGAUGAUGGAUGGCUGGAUCCCUUGCAGGUCUGGGCCGCACAGCUCUCCACUGGUGCCUCUGCAGGGCGUUCCAUGCAACGCUUCCAGUGCUUGGCCGAGACCGCUGGGAAGCCGGUGCUGGAAGGUUAUACGCCACCACCUCUACCUGCCGUGAUUCAAGUGGACAACUUCUUCAUCUCCAAGGUGGAACUCACCGUUUGGUGCGCCUUGAAGCUGCGCACCGUGCGCUUCCUUCCGCAGUGGAUCCGAACGGCCAUUGGCAUGUUAUCCUUAAGUGGCGAGUUGACCUUGGAUGGUGUGGAGCUGAAACUGCCGGAACAGAAACUGCAACGCCAUCGCGGGUCCCUUACGGAUUUUCUGAGGAACCUGGGCAGUAUGUACGCCGUGAAUCUCCUGACGCAUGCCGCGGGCUUGCUGGGAAAGAGCUCUGUCCUGAACUUGCCGCGGGUUCCCUGGCGCAUCGGCAUGACGGCGUUCAGCUACGUCUCGGACUCCGUGGGUCUCCUCUCUGGUGAGGCCCCCUGCGGGCCUGCGGGCUGGGCUGGGCCCCUGCUUUCCGGGCUUCCUGCGGGGCCUGUUCUUGCUAUCAUAAAAAUCCAUCAAACAAAUAACAGUACAAACACUGUACAAACAUUAAAGCCAAGAGAUAAAACGUGUACUAAACAUGAUGAACUAUGA